UUGACGUUCGCAAACAUAGUAAAUAUAUGCCUUUGAGUGACAGAAACAUAUAUGUUCGGCAAGCAGAUCGAACAGUUAUACCAAAUACUGUAGCUGAAUACCAAAACGAAUAGACAAACGUGAAAGUAAUAGUAAAAUAACCCACGUUUGUCUUGUUUUAAUCCGUCUAUCCGCCUGUGUGUGCGCCCGCUGGGAAAAUACAGUCGGGCUGCGCGCGUCUGCGUAUCUAUGCAUGUAGAUCAAAAGUAAACUACAAGCGAAAAAGGAAUGGUUUUUAUUUAAAAAAAAUGUAACUGGAAAACCCGCGCAUAAACGCAAUUUUAUGAAUAACAAGGUAUUGUGUCGAAAACGCCUGGAACCAAAGUGAGAUAAAGCAUCUUGCCACAACUGCUAAAAUUGCAAAGAAAAAUCAACAGCAAAAAGAACAUCUGAUAAGAACCAGACAAGAAGACGGAUCAUGUUUGUUCCUUUGCCGGUGCCGUUUGUCUUGCCGAGAACUGCCUCUGAUCUCCACGCCUGGCGCCUCAAGUCGCCGCUGGCUCUGUGCUCUCACUCCGAUAUCAGAAUGUCAAAGCCAAUAGAGGUUGAGAAUCCAGCGGCAGACUCUCCGAUGGAGAGCACAGCCUCCGAAAGAAAUGGCUCAGAUUCAAAUAAUCAGCUUCAGCCAAUGAAAAUCAGCCCUUUCUCUCUUUCUCCCACACUGAGCAGCAGCACCAAGACUAAGGUGGAGGAUUGUGGUGAGAUGUCUCGCGCUGCUGUACAAACUCCACCUGCUCAGACGCCCCUUCCCCACACACAGCUGAUGCUAACGGGUGGUCAGCUCGCAGGGUUGACUGCACUUUUGCCAGCACAGCAACAGCUGCUCUUACAGCAGGCGCAGCUCCUCGCUGCAGCUGUGCAGCAGUCGCAUGUGGCCCACGCGGCCAAUCAACAGCAAGCCCAGCAGCAGGCAGCUCAGCCGCAGUCACAGGGCCAAUCGCAGAGCACACAGGAACAAAACGCCGCCCCUGUCCUACCGCCUCCUCCUCACCAGCUUCCUCUUUCUCAGCCAAUCCAGCUCACUGCGCAGGACAUUCAGCAGUUGUUGCAGCUGCAGCAGUUAGUCCUCGUUCCUGGACACACUCUGCCUUCACCCGCACAGUUUCUUUUACCACAAACACAGCAAGGGCAGCAAGGGCUGCUAUCAACGCCAAAUCUAAUAUCACUACCUCAGCAAAACCAAGGAAGCCUGCUGGCCGCUCCACACAGACUUAGUCUUCAAGCACAGAGGGAGAAGGUUGCAGAGAGCAGCGUGAACACAGUGACUCCGGUGACCACUCAUCCCGAAGAGCCCAGUGAUCUGGAGGAACUGGAGCAAUUUGCCCGCACAUUCAAACAGAGAAGGAUCAAACUGGGCUUCACACAGGGUGAUGUGGGAUUGGCCAUGGGGAAGCUCUAUGGGAACGAUUUCAGUCAGACCACCAUCUCUCGAUUUGAGGCGCUCAAUCUCAGCUUCAAGAACAUGUGCAAACUUAAACCUCUGUUGGAGAAGUGGCUGACUGACGCAGAAACAAUGACGAUGGACAGCAUCUUGCCAAGUCCCAGUGCUCUUUCCUCUCCCUUGCUGGGGUUUGAGGGCCUGCCUGGCCGCCGUAGGAAGAAACGCACCAGCAUUGAGACCAACAUCCGCGUCGCUCUGGAACGCAGCUUCAUCACGAACCAGAAGCCUGCCUCAGAGGAGAUCCUGCUCAUCGCCGAAAAGCUCAACAUGGAGAAGGAGGUGAUCCGCGUCUGGUUCUGCAACCGCCGACAGAAAGAGAAACGUAUUAACCCCUCCAGUGCCACCCCUCCCUUGCCCAGCCAACCCCAGCCCACCUUGCACAAACCCCUCUGCUACAGCCCGCACAUGAUGCCCAGUCAGGGACCAUCGCAGACAGUGAGCAGUCUCGGUACAGCAGUGACCACUAUGUCAUCAGUUUGCCCUUUGACCCCAAGCGGACCCUCCUUAAGCUCUGCACCAUCUCCUGUAACCCCGCCUCCCCGCAGUGAUGCCAGCCCCGCCCCUCCGACUCACAGUACACUAAGUCUGAACACAGGUUCAUGGCAUAAAAAGAAUGGUGACGUUUCUAACUACAUCAAUGACUUUGCUGCACAUUUGAGGAAUACGAUGAGGGGAGUUAACACAGGAAUGAACCAAGCUCUUCUUGUCAGCAACCCGCUUGCUACUAUCCAAGCUCUAGCAGCCAGUGGUGGCCAGCUGCCCAUUUCCAGUCUUGAGGGCAGCAGCAAGGUGUUAAUUGGUGGUUCUGGAGGCCAAGGAGCAGGUCUCCCCUCUUCCCUCUUUCUCAACCACUCCUCUUUGUUGCCCAUGGCAACAGGCACCGGCAUGGGAUUGGGCAGUUCAGCUCUUGCCAGAACCUCAUUUCCUGUCACAGGCGGCAUGAGUCCCUCCCCUUGCUCGAGCCCCGUCUCUUCCUGCUCUUCCGGCGAUUUGCUACACAGCCCACACUCGAUUGGAGGGGCUAAAAUCGAGUGACGUUGCCCAAGGCCAAUCACAGGAGGAGGAGAAGGAGGAGAUGAAACCUUACCUGUCAACCAAAGCAUCUCUUGAUCCCCUCACUCCCUUUCGUUUCCUCUUGUUCACAGUCUCUCUCUUCCGCUGUCCCGCUCUACUGAUGCCAAAAAUAUACAGAGUAAAAGAGGGGAGAGAUGGAGAGAUGGAGUGGAAGCAGGAAGGAAGAGGAGAGGAGGGAAAACGAAACCAAAAAAAAACCAUGCGGCUUAGCUGGACGCAGCCAAAUACAUAAAUAAAACGAGAAUAAUAAACUAUGUAGUGCAGUAAGAAGAGGACAAAAAGAGAUCCUUGAGCACCAAAAACAACAAAGAGAACAAACUUUACUGUGUGUUAAAGAACGCUUUGAAGCAUACAUGUGGAGUACUGAAUACCAAAAAGUAUAAUGGAACUUUGAGAGUCUCACUAUGACAAAAAAAUACAAGCAUACCAAAAUCUCAAAUACCAAAAACAAACACCAAAAAUACGGAUGGAAAAGCUUUAUCCAAAGGACCUGUAAAUAGCCAACCGUCCAGGACCAGAUCCAGUGACAACAAUCCAGCCAUCUCUGAGCUCAUCAACUUAUCUGCCAUGCAAUCACAUCAUGUUUUUUAUGAUUUAAUUUUAAAUAUGAACGAGCCGGA